AUGUCCCGCAAACAGGCGGCCAAGAACCGGCCCAGCGCCAGGAAGGGUCGGCGGCCCCGCCAUUCCCCCGCCGGGCCGGCCCCGGGCUCCGCUCCGGGACACAGCGGCGGCCUCGCCGGGCAGCUCCGGGCCCUCGGCCUCAAGCUGCGGGAGGUGCCGGGAGAUGGCAACUGCUUGUUCCGAGCCUUGGGGGAUCAGCUGGAGGGGCACUCCCGGAACCACCUGCGGCACCGCCAGGAGACCGUGGAGUUCAUGGUGAGGCAGCGCGGGGACUUCGAGCCCUUCGUGGAGGACGAUGUGCCCUUUGACAAGCACGUUGCCAAUUUGGCCAAGCCUGGUACUUUUGCUGGCAACGAUGCCAUCGUGGCCUUUGCAAGGAACAAUCAGAUGAAUGUGGUUAUUCAUCAGCUCAACGCUCCACUGUGGCAGAUCCGGGGCACGGACAGGAGCGAUGCCAGGGAGCUGCACAUCGCCUACAGGUACGGGGAGCACUACGACAGCGUCAGGAGGCUCAGCGACGACUCGGAAGCUCCGGCCUGCCUCCGGAUGGAGAUGCUUAGCAAGAACGAUUCGAAUAAGGCAGAGGAAGUGAAGCCACAGAAGGGCGACUCUGAAGAUGAGACUGAAGUGGAGACGGACGAUGCUGUACAAAAAGUGUGCAACACAACUGGGUGUUCAGACAUUGAUUUGGUGAGCCACGUUCUGGAAGUGGAGGACUACAACGUGGAAUCCGCAAUAUUUGCCAUCUUGCAGAUGAAGGAAGGGGAAGGAAUAGGUACCGAGGAGCAGCAGGAGCCCCUGGGCAGGGAGCAGAAAUCCUGCAGCAGGACGCUGUGGGGAGAGAAUGGAACCGGUUCAAGAAUCUUUGGAAAUCAGAGCUUGCAUCAAGGUGAAGCAGAAAACAGCAAGGGACAAGCUGGAUCCAGGGAGGAGAGCCGAGCCAGCAGAAACCCAAAGGUAGCCAAGAAACAAAGGAAGGAGCAGCAGCGGCUGGAGAAGAAGAAGCGGCAGGAGGAGAGGCACCGGCAGAAGGUCCUGGCCACCAAGAGGGACAGUGCAGACCCCAGGACAGAGGCAGACCCAGCCAACCAGGUCACCCUGGUGAAGGCCAUGGCAGCCCUGAACAUAUGACUCAGUGCUCUGAUGAGAAAAGCAAAUAAAACUGAUGAAGACAAAAUUCCCCCAGGAGAAUUUCCAGGCACCCACGGUUAUCUUCAAAUCCAUCUCUGCUGGGAUUUCCAAGCACAAGAGAACUUCCUCUUCCUUUGCUUGUGAGAACAACAAUUGCUCAUUGAUUCUGCAUCAACCUCUGGUGAGAAGAGUUGUUUAAACUUAACAGGAAAUAGAGACUUGGGUCUAUAAUCUUGGAGUUAGAUGAAGGUGAGAAUCUUCUCUUCACACAACGGUGUCAUAUUUGUUUUGACAUAUCCUGAUGUGCCUGGUCUUUUUUUUUUUUUUCUUUUAUUUGUUUAUGCCUGGAGGAACUUUAUUUUACCUUGCUGUCAGGGAAAGCUUAACAAAUCUCAACUCAGGAAUAUCUCUGGUGGGUCUUUUUCUAUUUAAAUUCAAAUAAAGUAAGGGAACAGAGUCCCAGAGUCCUUUCCAAAGCAGAGCAUGUCAGCCAGCACUGUCUCAAACAUGACGUUCCUCUUUUGUUUGCCAUGCAGGAAUGCAGUGACAGGUUUUAAUCUCACCAGAACUGCUGGCAUUGCACUGGGCUGGUUCAGAAGUGAUGAAUGCAUCCAUGCUUGCUGAAGUUUGGGAUCAGCUCCUUUAAGAUGAGACCUGUAGGGAAAAAAAAAACCAAACACCAAACCCCAAAAUCCCAGUGGACUCGUGAGAAUGCAGAGCUGAUUCUUCUGAUCUGAUAAAAUGUGACAGGAGCAGGCUUGAGGUUUCUGGUGAGUGUUGUUACUUGGACACCUGGAAUCUCAUCCCCUUUGCCCUGUUCCAGAGUUUCUGGGCUACUCCAGGGCUGUAGUCCAAGCCAGGAGCUGGAUAGGUGUUGGUCUCCAGAUGAAAUUAGUAUAGCCAAAGGACCAAGAGUCCUGGGAAGAAGCUUCCAAGCAGCAGUGAUCCCUGGGAAACCUGGCUGUUUCCCUUCAUAAAUCAAGCUAUUUUCAGGGCAGGAUUUUUUCCAUCUUAAAUUCCAGUUUGGUGAGGCCACCAAGUAGGACGUACAGCUUGACUCCUGUGAUGUUUUCCACUGUAGGAAUGAGAAUUUGGAUCGAGGAGAAAGGACUGUAGGACUCUGCCUUUGAUUUUUUGGCUCACACUGUUUCAGCUCCACUCAGGUUUUUGGGCUUGUGACAAGCACUGAGCUUGAAGAAAGCACAUGUGCACUGAGACACAGGAUCUCAUCAGCCAGGGCAGAGGUGAAAGGGAUCUUGUUAAAAGUAAGGAGCAUUGCAUUUGAAAAUCAGCAUGGAAAUAUAAAUAGGGUUUUUUAAACUGAACUGUGCAGAACUGGGCUGGUACUUGGUGUGCUUUGCUGCUGUUACUUGAAGAAUAAAAGGAGAGGAGCUCUCCUGGAAGAACUGGUGGUGUAGGAAUUUUUUUUUUUUUUCCAAGACAGUCAUUUUUACAGUAGUGGAAAGAGAGGUGAGUCACAGCUUAGUGGGGAGAAAGUACAAGUUCCUCAGGGGGUGAGGAGUUGUGACAGCAGGUUUGGCAAGGCAGUGUAGGUGACUGUCACCUGUGUCCUGCCCUGUCCUGCAUUUUGGCCUGAAAGGCAGGUGUGUUCUGCAGGUUUGAAAAGACAAGAAUUUGCAGCUGUGCACUGUGAAUAAAAGGCUUGAUCUUAAUGAAUUGGGUUUUUGUCCUCUGGAGCCAGAGCUGAUAAGAGAUCCGUUGUUGGCUGGAGCCUGAGAGGUGUGAAAGGACUUGUCCUGGGGGCUGAGGAGGGAGCUCAGACCUCAUCCCUUGUGUGCAGGAUGAAAGGGGGGAUCUGCAACAGCAGCACCAACAGCAGAGGGAGAGACUGGCCUGCAGCCCGUGGCCUCUGAUACAUGGAACAAAAUCUGGGGCUGAAAAUGCUUUCAUUUCCAAGUGUGAUAUGAUUAAAAUAAACUCUUAAUGUGCUGGGUUCAUA